CGUUCGGCCAUGGUCACCAGUAUGGCCUCGAUCCUGGACGGCAGCGACUACCGGCCUGAGCUCUCCAUCCCGCUGCACCACGCUAUGAGUAUGUCCUGCGACUCGUCCCCGCCAGGCAUGGGCAUGAGCAACACCUACACUACGCUGACUCCGCUCCAGCCGCUGCCACCCAUCUCCACGGUGUCAGACAAGUUCCACCACCCGCACCCUCACCACCACCCUCAUCACCACCAUCACCACCACCAUCAUCAUCAGCGUCUGUCGGGCAACGUCAGUGGCAGCUUCACCCUCAUGCGCGACGAGCGCGGGCUUCCGUCCAUGAACAACCUUUAUAGCCCUUACAAGGAGAUGCCUAGUAUGAGCCAGAGCCUGUCUCCACUGGCUGCCACCCCGCUGGGCAACGGACUGGGUGGCCUUCACAACGCUCAGCAGAGCCUGCCCAACUAUGGUCCGCCGGGCCACGACAAAAUGCUCAGCCCCAAUUUCGACGCGCACCACACUGCCAUGCUGACCCGCGGUGAGCAACACCUGUCCCGAGGCCUGGGCACUCCGCCUGCAGCCAUGAUGUCUCACCUCAAUGGCUUGCACCACCCGGGCCACACUCAGUCCCACGGGCCAGUGCUGGCUCCUAGCCGCGAGCGGCCCCCUUCGUCCUCCUCGGGGUCGCAGGUGGCCACGUCGGGACAGCUAGAGGAGAUCAACACCAAAGAGGUGGCCCAGCGUAUCACCGCCGAGCUGAAGCGCUACAGCAUCCCACAAGCUAUCUUCGCACAGAGGGUUCUAUGCCGGUCUCAGGGGACUCUCUCCGACCUGCUCCGGAAUCCCAAACCCUGGAGUAAACUCAAAUCUGGCAGGGAGACCUUCCGCAGGAUGUGGAAGUGGCUGCAGGAGCCCGAGUUCCAGCGCAUGUCUGCCUUACGCCUGGCAGCGUGCAAACGCAAGGAGCAAGAACCUAACAAAGACAGGAACAACUCCCAGAAGAAAUCCCGCCUGGUGUUCACGGACCUCCAGCGCCGAACGCUCUUCGCCAUCUUUAAGGAGAACAAGCGUCCUUCGAAGGAGAUGCAGAUCACCAUCUCCCAGCAACUGGGGCUGGAGCUGACCACGGUCAGUAACUUCUUCAUGAACGCCCGGCGUCGCAGCCUGGAGAAAUGGCAAGAUGACCUAAGCACGGGGGGCUCUUCCUCCACCUCCAGCACUUGUACCAAAGCAUGAUCCAAGGACUCUCACCUGGGCACAAGUCACCUCCAAAUGAGGACAACAGAUACCAAAAAAAAAAAAAAAACCAAAAUACCAAAAAAAAAAAAAUCACAGACAUCAGAUUCUUAGCUGGGGCCCUUCACUGGUGACUUGAAAGCACAAUUCUCUUGAAACUUCUCUUCUAGCUGUAAUCAUAGGCCAGGUGUUCAUUGUGUUCGGUUUUGUUUUAAAUGGCCACAGAGUCCAAGUGCGCGCUGAAAACGAAUCUCUCUGAACCAGACAGUGUCCUCUGAGCAUGCUAGGCAUCCCAGAGAUCCAAAUGGGGCCUUCUUGGAGCGAGUUCACUACAGCAGGGUGUCAGCCGAGCUCCGCGUGGCUGUAAGCGUCAACAGUCCCAUUCGGGCCCCCAUCAAUCUCUUGUGUCCGUGGCCCACGAGUAAUAGUGGGAGUUUGACCUGAGAACAGACACAGCGUAGGAUUCCAAGACACUACGUGAUGAAAAGAAUUUAACAACAAGAAAGACCUCAUUUGCUUCCCAAGUGCUUAGCGUCUUUAUAUCACAAUAUACUAAAAAUUCUCAGCCAUAACAUUACGAAAAAAAAUCAGAAUGGUAAUUACUGAGCACAAGUUUUAAAUAUGAAAAUCAAUAAAAAUUCAAGGACCUGUUUUUUUCCAACUCAGGCAUCUUUUCACUGGAUAGUUUAGAAAGCUUUAGGUUGAUUUCAGUUUACAAUGUUCCUUUUCCUUACCUCCUGGAAAUCUCAUGUGGUCUUUUGGAUCCGUCGGGGGAAAAAAAAUAAAAGUCAGUUCACCUGAGCUCAAAGUAUCAAGCACAACGAAGAUAAAACAGAAAUAAGGAAGGUUCUGGUUUCAAUGCAUCCGGUUUGACAAGGCAGUUUAGAUCUGCCUUGCUGUUGUGAAGUCAUUAGGGAAUCCUUGGAAAUAUGGCUUCAAGCACACUUUCCAGUUUGUUACAAAUUCUAUUUCUCCGUAAGGCAGAUGCACACUCAGGAGGCCAAGUUAACUGUUACAGUACAGGAGCAAAUGCAUCAUUUAAAAAGAUCUAGAUUUUUUUAGAUCAUUACCAUGCCCUUGAUUUACUAGUCACCGGGUUCCUCCUCUGUGCAUUAAGACUAUCAUGCGGUUGGUUCUCAUUCUUGCUGGUUUACGUUGUUCGCUAUCCCAUCCCGUGAGUUGGGAUGCUUCUAUUGUUUUCUAGAAAGAAACAGUUUCAUAAGCCACAUCCUGUUGUCUCUUCCUAACUCUCUCCCAUUGUUGGCUCAUCCUUGUAAAACAGCUGACUGAAUCUGGAAAGAACACAGCACACCAAAGAAGCAGAAUACUGCAAACCAAAGACAUUUAUUACCUGCCAUUUUCUAGCCUACAAAUACUGUGAUUACUUUUAGAGAUCAGAACACCUCUGUAACUCCGAGUGGCAUUCGGCUCUUGUCUUGGGCUCACCCUCUGGCUGAGCAAACCAGCUAUGUCAAUGACAUUCGCCCUGCAUCCAGGCGUUGGCUUCACCAUGCCAGCUCUGGUUGUCACUAUCUCAUAGCGAGUGGAAGAGGGCCCACAGAACUCUGGGAGAUUACAAAGGUCACUAUGUGCAUAUUUACCAGUGAAUGGCCCCAGGUGGGCACCGUGAGGUGUUCCAAACAAGCCAAACGCUGCAAUGAUUCUUUACAGACACUUAAGACUGACUUUUGUAUGAAUUACUUAAUUGAAACCAAAGAAUCUUUUUUCUGCACCUACUUCUGCAACAAACCGAACUGUCCCAUUAACUGAGUAAAUGAUCCCAUCAAUCACCGGAAAUCACCACCAACAAGAAAAGCACGCUAAAAUAAAAACAAAAAAUGGAAAAAACACCGAAGACACACUGUGUUCAAACAGACCUCUUGGGACAUUUUUUCCUUUUAAUUUUUUCUGUUUUUGGAAGCAGAUUUGAAAGAAAGGGUUGAGACAAGAAUCAAAACACAGAAGAGCCUUGGUGGCCGCUGCUUCAUUUGACAACUCACUCGGUAAUCUUAAAGCUGAAGAUUGUCUUUAAUUUGUGCCUAUGCAGUUUUUUCAAAAGAACAUGGAACAGAACAACAGAAACCUCAACAGCUACAAUACCAAAGACGAGGAUUCUCACACCUUUUGUCUCAGUUCGUUACCUUCUUUUGCCUGGCUAAAAUACUAAUAGCGUCAUUGAUCUGUACAAAGGUAAUUGAUUUUGUUUCUUUAAGCAACGAAAGGAAAGGGUCAUUUGUUUGAUUUCAUUGCUUCCCUUUAGUUUUGUCUUAUGGCUUUUUACUCAGCAUGGAAUCCCCCCCCGAAAGGUUCCAUGGACCCCAAAUUUGAGAUGUUGGGAUACUGAACACUGUUCCCCUUUCUCUUCAACAGAGUCUGGGGUACACUAUUACCACUUGAAUGUUUGUUGCUUAACUCUUAGACUUGGUUGCUUCUAUGUUCAGCGUCUCAUCAUUAGGGGAGGGGAGGGGGAGCAAGGGUCAGGGGUAGGAGUCUUAGUGAUACGUCCUCUCCAGAGCCACAGAACCAAAGAAUUUAUAGAGAAAUUUACAACCUCAUCUUCAUGUGAUUGCCACAUAUUAACAGGGCUUCAUUUGGGGGUGGGGAAACAUGUAAAAAGAAUCGCCAGUUUCUACUUUUCUAUUAGCUUUUUAAAAAAAAAAGUCAGCUGUAAAGUUGCAUUUCUAAAGAAAGAUAUAAAUAUAUAUAUAUUAAAUGUAUGAGUACAUAUAUAGACCACCUGCAGUGGUGACAACCCGCAGUUUUGCUGUCAUCAUGCCAUCUUUUUGUCAUGUGUUCCAUUUUCUGAGUACUCGGCUCACAACUGUUCUCAUUUCUCAUACCAUUCCAGAGUUAAUUUUGCCACUGUGGUUGUCUGGCAGUAUCCGCAUUUCUAUGCCAAUUUAUGGGGAAAGUUGAAAGUCACAUCUAAGUAUUACUUCAUGUAACCCGUUGAUGAAUGGAUUCAUGAUAUAAAUGAGUUUUAUUUGCAUCUACUCAUCUCGAUUCUAUGCCUCAACCAUGCUCAGCAAGGUUUCUCCACCAGGUUAGCUCAGAGCUACUGUGGCUGGCAGUUCGGGGAAUGCUUAGUGGUCCAUUCCCACCCACUGUGGGGUAGAACACCCAGAAAUCCACCUUCCAGUAGAUGCCCCAUCCAUCAGGGUAGUCUAGAUUCUUCAAAGUGAGCAGAGCCACCAGGGACUUCUCAUGGGGAAGUCCAGCGCCUAUUGCAAUAGGUUGAUCAGGUGUCCUCAGGGUAGUAAUUACCAAUUUGUAUUGACAAGCUUGAGUGUAACCAUAGCUCCCACUGGGGUGGAACAGGGUUGUUGGCGGGAGGUGGGGGGGGCAUAGCUCAACCCUGGAGAAAAGACAUAUGGCAGAUUGUGAAGAGAGCCCCAGAUUCAUAUCCCUGGAGAGCCACACUAUCUGCUAUGCCACCUCUUUACGUGCCCAGUGUGGCCUAUCCUGUGUAUGGGCAUCAUUUCUAGAACUCCGUGUGAUUUUUAUAGUCUGUCCUGCCUGGGGAAUGUUUCUUUCACUCUUCCCUUGUUUCCCUUUAUCUCUUGCUUAUAUUCCAUGGACCCUUGGUCAAAUGACCAAGAGAAAUGCAUAUUUCUUCCAGAGGUUGCUCCCAUUUCAGCUUGUUCAGGUGAAUUUUAGCUUGGGCAAACACUCAAUGGGCCCCUGUGAUGUGUGGCCACUGGGAACGGUAGUUCUGAUGGGAUGUAGGCUCAGGAACCAAGCACCUUGUUUUGGUUGGUGAUUGACACACUAAGUAACAGCUUUUGGGUCUCUACAUCCUUGGAAGAUGGUGGCAUGAAGAAAAAAAGCAAGAAAAAUGUCUCACGUAUCUCAGAUAAUAUCAAAGAGAAUGCUUGCUUUAAGAAGUUACUUAUACACACACACAAACAUAUAUGUAUAUGUAUCUGUAUACAUAUGUGUCAAAAUUUUAAGCCCUACAAAGUAUAAUUUUGCUAGCUGGCUAGCUGGAAGAAAAAAAGUGCUAUACUGAAAGGUUAUAGAAUUUAAUCCAGUGUUUUUUCCCAAAGCUUUUACAUUUGUAUUUUAAAUUAAUAGUUUCAGAUAAAAUAACCAUUGGAUAAAGUCUAGAGUCAAAAUCUUCAAUCCAAGGAAAGUUCCAGGCUGCCUCAGCCAUCAGCAACAGCUGGACACUAUGCAAUAAUAGUUCACAACCCAAUUUCACAUUCUUGGGGUGACAGAAACCCAAAAACUCGAUGCUUCUGGGUGAAACAAGUCUUUCUUUAAGCCUUUGUGUAACUAAACUUGUAUUUUCUAUUGUUUUCAGUGUGAUUUUAGUGAUGGAGAUUCAAUUCCUUCAUUACCAGAAUUCUUUUAAAGGAUAGUCAAUCUAUUUCUUUUUUAAAGGACAAUAACAACAAUGAUAAAAAUUCAAUUUCAUUAUUUUAAAAAUUUCCCCACAAUGUUAUAGAGCAUUUAGUUUGUGCCACAGACUAGCCUGAGCCCAGCAGGAAGACUGUGUGCACAGCUCUGAGCCCAGCAGGAAGACUGUGUGCACAGCUCUGAGCCCAGCAGGAAGACUGUGUGCACAGCUCUGAGCCCUGCAGGAAGACUGUGUGCACAGCUCUGGUUUCUCUGAAGGCUCUUGGCAGCUUCAGCUUUGGAAAUCCAAUCUCAUUGUCACUUCGAGCUAAAGCAAACCAAAAACUAGGAAGUUAAGCCUACUAGACGCGCGCGCACGCACACACACACACACACACACACACACACACACUUUCCUAAGGCAAGCAGUUAGUUUCAAAGCCAAAUAUUAAUAAUUCAAUUUUAAAUAAUCAAACACUGUCUAUGUUGGGCAUCCGUGACUUAGUGCCAGUAAAUUAAAAUUAAAUAGAUUUUUAAGCAAGUCGUCACCAUUUGGUAGGUACAGAGGGGAAGUAUCCCCAUUAUGGAAAAAAAAUGUCUAGGGAUGUGUCUGUUAGCUAGAUACUAUCAUGGAAAUACACUUUUUGAGGAAAUGGGUCCUCAGGAGCUUGUCUAAUUGGAAUUUUUCAAAACCUACAAGCAGACUAAAUUCCAAGAUUGUUAAAGAAUAACCGUCUAUUGGAAAAUGGAGAAAGUAGAUAAAAGUGUGGUUAAUGUUGACCACAUGGCCCAGACACUGCUUUGUCAAUACCUCUUCUAGCUUCCUGCCCAGUCGCAGCUGAUUUUUACUGUCCUGUCGAUGCUGAUUCAAACCUGCUGGUCUAACCAAGCGAGUGGGAAGCAGAAGAAGAGCUCAAGCCUUUCUGAUGAUUACCUGCAAGGUUUCAUAGCUUAACAGUGCUGUGCAGUCAGCUAACCAGAGGGGCCAGCUGUAAAAUAAGUCAAAAGGAAUCCCCACUUAAGAAGAGCAGUAUUUCUGGUGGUUGCUUGAACUAUAGAUGCCCUAAUUCCUAUUUUCUAUCUACACAUGUUCCUUUGCAAGGCAGGGGAUAAGGGUGGGAGGUUGACUGGUUCGUUUUAGAAAGUCCCAAGUACUUGUGAAACAAAAUAUAAUAAUAAUUCUUAAAAUAACUUAGGAUCUCAUAUACGUAGAUGCAGAACUCUUCAUCAAGGCCCAUGUGUUAUGCUGUGAGUCCACCUUAAGGGCCCAUCAACCUCAGUUACCCAAGUGGCUACCAGUUGCAGGGAAGUGAAAGGUCGAGCCUAGACUUCACCUCUGUGCGCUUUGAGUUAGGUUGAUUGACAUUAACCAGUUCAUGCUUUUGAGUAGAGAAAAUUGUAUGUAAGGAAAAAAAAUCACCAUAGGUUUGGUCAUUCCAUGGGAAUCCUCCAUUUAGCUCAGUUUUUGGCAACAGGCAUUUUAUAUGGCACAGACCUUGGUAGAUAAGUUUGCUUGGCGCGUAUACAGUCUGUGGGCUUGGAUGUAUACAGAUCUAGAUACAUAUUUCAACAUAGAUCCUCAUAGUUGACUUUAUAUCCACAUACAUUGCUAGAGGUGUCUAGACUGUGUACAUGCAAGUGUGUACAGACAUGCUUAAUACAUAUAUAUAUAUAUUGUAAUCUGUUACAAUAAAUAAAUUACAAAUCAUCAUGCAACAUGUAUGUGAUACUUUGACAAUGUACCUUGUCUUUGUUAUUUCUUGUAAAGCUGAAAACCAAAGUACAGAAACAUAAGCAAAAGUAUCCCACAUCGUCAUCAUCUUUAUACUUGAAAUUACUUUCAUCUGGGUCCAGCCAAGACCAACAACUUAUUGAUGGAACAUUGGAUAUUAUUUAAUUGUCUGUGUUAGAUGUUUGAUGACUUUGGUUGAAAGAAUAGCUUUAUUCUGAAUCUCUCAUAACUAAAGCUAAAUCCAAAGACCUGAAAAAGAACAGAAAAGGGGGCGGGUGGGCCUGGGGGAUGCAGAGGAAAGUGCACAUCAGUGGGAAAAAGUGGGCUCUAGUUUCCAGGGGGGAAACAAGGGUGGGGUGGUCUUGUGGAGGUUGCAUUAGCUAGUGGGGGAAAGGUGUUUUUUUGCCCUCAUGUCUGUCACAUCAAAGUGGUCUUUAAUGUGAUAAAGCUUUAAAUGUUAUACGUUGCUGCUUUGUGUUAACUUAGAAUAUAGGAAGAAAUCACCCGUUUUGUCCAUCAAAAGAAAAAAAAAACCAUGAAGACAACCCAUCCCCACCCCUCAGAUAUAUUUUAAUGUGUCUCUUUCAAUUGUGACCCGAGAAGCUGUUAGUUAAUAUAAUUAAGUUAUUUAAGUUAGUGUCUUGUAUGCUAGCACGUAGCAUUUUGGGGUAAUUAUUUAAUUCUCUUUCCUUAGUUUGAUUUGACUCCUUGUUCUUAUUUAUGAAAAUGCAGAGCAAGCAAUGCUGCAUCUGAGAUGCAGAACCCUAGCCGCCGUUCUCCUCCACUGGACCCUGCUUCUUAUAACAGUGAACUUCUGUUACAGACAGGGGAGAAGCCUAGGUUACAGUGAAACUGAAAAAAAAAAAUCGGGGCGGGGGAGUGUUUCCCCCCCUCGGAUUAACUUCUAGAAUGGUUUAAUGGUUUUUAAAUUAUUUAAUUUAAGUUCACAGUGCCACCAGGUACCAGGCGAACUUCACCUCUUAAUUACUGGGGCCCUCAGAGCCUUUCUAUUGUAACUUAUUUAUUUAACUUAUUCGGCAUCUGCGACAGGUGCGCUGUACAGUUUGUGUUUGUUAUUUAAAACAACAAAGAGCACUGCAGUUUGCUGUCAGAACAACAGAGCAGAUUUGUGGACACGCAGUGACUGCUCAGCCUGAACCUUCUUCAGAACCCUCGAGCUGAGAUCCAACAUCACCGGCCCGGAUUUUGGGGCUUCUAUAUGGAAACUGGAAAAAUAAAUUAAAAAAAAAAACAACAAUAAACCAAAACGAGAGAACCCUUACACUAGCUGCUUCCAAGAAAGAACCCAGUGUGCGUGUAAAGCAACAAAACGAAAAAGGGAAAAAAAGCAGAAAAAAAGGAAAAAAAAAAAACCGGAAAAACUUUCUAUUUGUAGUGAGAACCAAAGAAGGCUACCUCACUGACUUUCUCCAUUUGUAAUUUUAAUCGUGUUGAUGACACCAAAGAUACCAAAGAUUCCUUUCUCUGUGCGGUCUGCAUUCCGUUUGUGCUCUUCUAUGAUUUGAACUCCUCUUGCUGAUAUGGUACGGACAGCCACAGCUCAGACACCCCAAAGAAACACUGAUGUUUGUGAAGGUGGCUGCUAACCCGAGAAGGGAUCUUUUCUGUGUCUCUUACGGUUGCCUGCUGCCCCUCCCGCGUGUUCAGGAUGCAAGCUGGGAUGCUGCUGUCCCUGGGUUCUCUAGAGUCCCAGUUCCAAUUUGGUGACAAAGACUGCUUGGAGGUGGCCUGCCGGCCUCUGUUUUCUGGAGCUAUCACUGGAAAACGUGCCAGGCUAUUGCCAGCUACAAAAAUAAGCAUUGGAUAGGAGAGCUGGAAGGGACCUUAGGACACAGUCAGUCACCCCCACCCCAUAUGCCCUAUGGCCAGGUUGAAUUAGUUAAUCUGUGUCCAGUGACCCCAGAGCAAAACCCAACCCAUGCUUCCUAGCUCCAGGUCCUGUGUCCUGCCUAUGCUGUGGUGCUCUGUGGGUUCUGCCUGACAUUGGUCACACGUUGUCAAGUAGGGAAGUAGUUAUUCUUUAUCAAUGAGCAGAAACUGUAGCUUAGGGAUCAAUACUUUCAUCUUUUAAGAAUACUCUUCAGGUACCUACAUCAGAGUCAUGUAUGAUUUGUUCCUUAGUAGCGUGGCCAGCCUUGAACUUGUAGGGCCCACUGAGGGGUUCUGCCUGGGAAGCAUAUUGACCCAAACAGUAAGAAGACUUUUGAACACACCGAUUACAAAGUUUUGAAUAAAUAAGCUUAAAUCAGUGGAAGGAGAAGGCUCAAUCUUGAACCAUUGAGUUUAUUUACUAUGGCUAUUCUAAAGUCAAUAUUUAUCAAGCGAGGAACCUUGGCUACCAGUUUUGGUAGGAUAUUUUACCUGUCAGCUUUUUUAUUUGUUUGUUUUCUUUUUACCUAAGAGUGUUCCCUUUUAACUUCUAAAUUAAUUCAAUUUACACGAUAAAUGUAAGCCCUCCAUUGCUUGAUGCUUAGAUGUAUUCCUUGCAAAUGAAAAAUAUCCCAAUAGCAGAAGAAUGAGUAUACCAGUUUAAUUAUGGUGACAUAGUUACUUCUCUCCUGUUUUCCCUGGUCAAAACUUCAUUCUUUAAGUUUCCAAUUCUAUAAAAUUACUAAGUCAUUAUUAAGACCAUUCACCAAAGUGAUUGGAACAUUAGCCAAUGAAUCUUUUUUAGCUUUUGGCCACAUGGGAUUUAGGUACACACAAGCUCCUAUCUCUAGUCUACAGAGCUCUUUAUUGAAUACUGUGAUUUUACAUCUCACACAAUAGUGAUCACUGAGCUUUUAAAGAGACUAUUUAGAUAAAGCUAAGAAGGGCAGAUCAAUUAACUCAUCAGCUCCAUACACCAACAGGGUACAGCUGAUAGAAGACUUUACAAGACUUAUAAACAAGGAAACAUAGCCUUUCUCUCUCUCCUUUUCCUCUCUUUCUUCUUUAAAGACAGGGUCUCAUGUGGUUCAAGCUAGCCUUAAACUGAUGGAUAGAUGCAGACGGCUUUGAACUCCCUCUUAAUCUUCCCGCCUCUGUGUCCCUAGCAAUGGGACUCCAGUUGCGAACCACCAUGUCCAAACAGUUAUCUUCUUUCUGAAGUUUGCAAGUUCCAUCCUGGCGUAUGUAAAAAUCCUUUCCUCCCUAGAUGGGACUAAAACUUCACAGCUUCCAUGUUCAAGGCAAACCUGCAAGGCCUCCUUUCCAAGCCGCGGAUCACCAAAUUUCUAUUCAAAUUCAGCAAACAUUCUCAGACACCCUAAGCGGUAGAGUGGUUCCCCGUGAGCAGUAGCAGCUUCCCCAGUCUUCCUACCACUGAGCCCUAGGAGAGAGAACCCACAAAGAGCAAUGGCAGCCUGAACACAGAAAAGAUCUCAAUUGGCAGACCCCUCUUCAGCACCCCCUCUCCCCCCCAGCCUCAUGCUUCACUUUCAAAGUGUGACAUAACCAUGGGACGAGUGCCUUGCUUGAACCAAAGCAACGAUUUAGCCAGUCUGGACCUCUCUGUGCUUUUUUUGUUUUUGUUUUUUUUUAAUCCUUCCUGUGAAUACCUCAGCUUCAACUGGGCCUCCAUACAGUAAAUUGGUGGGCUUAUCGUACUGCGGUGCUUUGCAAUGCAACCCUGCAAAGAACAAGAUUUGUACUGAUACCAAAGGUUCUUUCUCUACGUCUCUUCCUUCCGCCUCCCCAUCGCCCCCCCUUUUCUAGUCCCUCACGGUUCCAAAGCUUUAAUAUGAACCUGGGCAUGUUGGCAAUGCAGACCGCGCAAUUCCUUACUGAAUUUUCUCAGAUAUACCUCAUAGAUAAUAGUGUUUAGAGUAAUGUUAUUAUAGCGUAUGUAAUAAAUUAUUCACUGUUUCUUUUGGUAACUGUGAUUUAAAAAAAGAAAAAAGAAAAAAAAAGCUUUAUACAGUUUAGGUUGUGAUUUUGUAAUAGAUGAAAAUGUGCGCUUAAAAAGGAAAUGUAUGUUCUUUUUAUUUUUCUUCUCCCCCUUUGGAUUUUAUUUAUUCUGGAUUGGGGAAAGUUGCAGAAUGAGCCCAAAGUUUACAGUUUCAUAUUUUGCUGAAGAAACAAUCUGUGUUCAUUUGCUCUGUUGAAAAAAAAAAGUUAUUUUCUACAUUCGUGCUAAUUGUUCUGUGUUAACAGUGUAGUAUUAUAAUUAGCAACUGCCAAUCAGUGCUAUAAUUUUAUGCAUGAGGCUAAAAAUUUAGCAGUGUGAUGCAUUGUGGUCUUAAUAGCAACCUUUUUCAUUUUGUACUAGAUCCUCCCCUUUGGUUCAAUGGACAUUGUUUAUGCAUGGGCGCCCAUCAUUUGUUGGCAGUCGUGAACAGUUGUGUAUACAUUAAACUGUGAAAAAUGCACACAGUUUGGCCUCAGACAGUGAUAAUACUGGUUUUCUUGGGAGAUGUAUGACCUUGGAAAUACCUUCACAUCUGUUGGGAUUUCGAAAUGAGUCAGAUGGAAUCAGGUUUGAAUUUUAUAACGAGAAAGGUCAUCCAAGCUGCAGUUAGCUUACUCGAACCCCGCAAAUUGGGACCCUCAUAACCCAGAUAUAUCGCGACAUCUGAGAGAGCUGAGAAUUAGCAGUAAAGAGCAACUCACCUCUGCGUUUUUAAUUUCCACUAAAAGGAGUUUUGGCUUUAUGUUCAUGACCUCAGACCUAUUGGGCCAUGAAUGCUAAUUCAUCUAGGUCUCUCUUUCCUGGAUUUUCCCAUGGGGACCAGCUUAAUCUGUUGUCAGCUGCCAGUUGAAAUGCAUGUAGCAUCGAUAUCGCUGGAUUUUUGGCACACUCUCACAGAUAACCCCAGCAGUUAUUUGGACAUAUGAUUAUCCCCUAAACGUUCACUCAUGUGGCCCUGUCAUACUUUUCCUCCUUAGGGUCAGAAAUGACUCUAGAUUCCUUUUUACAAAGUUAUGCCUAUAUUCUAGAGGGGAGUAUUAAGAAUUUUGGGAAUCAAUUUAGGAAAACCAUCUUGGUUUGAAUUCCCCAGCCUUUGAGGUCUCUCUAGCUCAAAAAAUAUUUAUUUUUUCCCGUCUCAGUGGAUUGGGCAAACAUAUCCUUAUAUUUGGGUUCUGAGAUCCACUCUUGAGUUUCCUACCUAUUUCCUACACCACAAAGCCAAAUCAGCUGCCAAGUUCUGCAGUUGUCCUGCAGAAGAGAACGAAGCUGAGGAAACGACGGUGGGGGCACAGCAGCCUGCUGUGCAGAGUCCUGGAAAUCGCCAAGAGACAGCAGAGCGUUGCAUGUGUGUCUGUCAGUGAGUAUGUUGGAGAUGGUCAUUCGUCGAGGAUGCAAAGGAACGGCCUUAUAAGUAGGUUGUGAUGACGAAAGCUUUGUAAUGUAAUCUUUUGGUUUGCUUGUUUGUGUUUCUUUCUUAUUAAUCUGCCAAAGAUGGGGACGGAUACAAGAACUUUAAAAUCAACUUUUGUAAGCCAGUUGUUGAUUGUAAUAGUGUUUAAUCUCCCAGAAAGCUUUGCAUAUUCUUCUGCAAUAAGUCAAGUCCCUAUUGGUUUCCGUAAGUUCUCUACACACUCGCAGGCCUGCCAGCUGUUCCUCAUGAUACAGAUGCUAGCAGAUGCUGUAACAUCUACAAGGUUCUAAUGCAUUUCUGAUCCAAAGCCAACAAAGGGGUGUGAGAGGCACAAGCAUGCCUGGCCUUCUUUACAAGCAACGCAGGGGUCUGGCUCAUUAGAAUUUGCCAAGAAGACUUGUCUUAUGAAAUUUGAGGUAUAUUUUGUUAUGCCGUUUUAUUUCCUUUUUUUUCUUCAACUGUGGAAAGUGAUACAUUGAAUCAAGUGUAAGCUGAGUUUUCCAGACAACUGAAGUAGCUACAUUGUGAAUGUUAUUUUGUUAUUAAAGGGUUUUUACUCAA